UAGACGGCACUGAUCCCGGAACCAAAGCUCGGCACCGACUAGGUUGAGACGGUAACUAUUUGCGGCAGCACCUUGCUUGGGAAGCUGCUGUUAUGGUAACCGGAGCCAACAAGGUGUACAAGUACGCGGAGCUUUCGGUAAAGACCGGCACCCGAUCUCUGCUUCUGCAUUCUUGCUGGACCAGGUGCAGGGAGGAUGAGUGCCGACCGGUUUUCGCUGUCGGCCGAGGAGUAUUUGGGCCAGACCCAUGUUUUAACUUACAUUGAGGAUGCAGUGAGUCAACUACUAGAAUAUAAGGAAGAGCAUAGUAAAAUUGGGAUUACCAGAUUCCUCGCUGAAUAUUUCAUCAGUGUUAAACAUGGAAGUCACAUUUUGUUUCGUGAGUUCAGCUUUGUCAAAGCCACCCCCUACAACAGAGCUUCAUUUAUACGAAUGUUCUGGCAGUGCUUUCGACAGAUAGGCAAGAAUGGAGAUCUUCUGACGGUAAUGGAGUACCAUUCCUUACUUCAGCUUAUUUGUCAUGACUUUCCAAUGGAUCUUGCCCAGAAAACAGCAAGGAUUAUUCUCAUGGAUGAUGCAAUGGACUGCCCAAUGUCAUUUGUGGACUUUUUGUAUGCAUUCCAGUUACAGUUCUACUAUUGUGAAUUUCUUGAAAGCAUUGCUAUAAUUUAUCAAGAUCUUCAUAUGGGAAAGAAUCCAAACACUGUGAUUGUACCAACUUCUUCAACUGAACAAUCCCAGUCACCAACUAGUGAUACACCAACUCAAGAGGGUGUUGACGCAUCUCAGUUUUAUGACUGUUUGGAAACACUCUGUGACAGGUAUAAGCACAACUACCCACCAACUUCAUAUCUUAAGCAGAUCCUCCACAAAGUGGAACGAGUGACUUUCUUUGGAUUUCUGAUGGCUAUUGUAAAGCAUGAGGGGAUUAACUGCAAAUUGGGAAUUGUGCCGAAUAAGGGAGAACUUUUUAAAGAUUCAGAAAUGGACCAAGAGCUUGAGAAAUUUAUUGAUCACAUACUCAGUAAUCCAACCACCAGUACUCCUACACACAAGGAACCAACCCGAAAAACCACUCAUCGUAAGACUUUGCCUCAUCGUAAGAAAGUGGACAUUGAGAGUGAUGGAUCAACUGAAGAAACUGAUUCCUCUGAAAAUUGACUCCAUCUUUGUAUUAAUUUCUCAUUUCAUUGUAAAAUCUUCAGUUUUACUAUGUUUGUUAAAAUGUAAGUUUGAAUCCAAAUUGGAUUAAUAGGAUGAAGAUUGUCUAUUUCUGCUACUUUUCCUAAAUUAGUAUUAGGUCAACUCAACCCAGUUCUAUUUGAAUCUUGCGCAAGUGAAAAAAAUAUCUGGAGAUGAUACUGUUAACGGUGAAAGGCUGUAAGAAAUGAGUUAAGGGCACUGUGCUGUGCACCUAACCUGUUCUAUUCCUUAUCAUUGAGCUACAUCAUCUUGAUAAGAGGAAAAAGUAAAACCAUUUCUGUCCACCUACUUUGGAUGGAAUACUGGAGAGUCAGAAAUCUUGGCUCAACUGCAGCAGUAGAAUCACAGUGGAAUGAAUCCUCACUGUCUGAACCUAGAAACUGAUGAUGCAUCUCAAUAAAGCUCUGCUCAAGAUGUUUCUAGGUAUAAUGACCAUUCUCAUAUUAUUUGUCCUAUGGUCAAGAGAGUUUGUAAAGGAAUUCUAGUAUUGUAACUAACUCAAUCACCCUGUAGCAAUCAGAAGAGGAGAUUGGUUUCAGCAGUGACAAUGUGUAGUUGAACAUCAUUUGUCAAUGGUAACAACUUGAAAAACUGAUGAGGGCUAAUUGUUGAGGGCUUUCAUUCUCAGUAAAACUUAUCACCUACAAAAGAGAUCAAAAACUUAAAAGAAAGUUACAAAACUCUCCACUUAAUGUGUCAGCAGAGGUGAAAUUCAUUAAAACAAUAACUUGAUUAAUCGAAAAAAAAUUUGAACAGAACAAAAACUAGCCAAUUAAUCCAGAGCUUCAUAUAUGCAUAUCGUUUACCCAAAAUUUUCUGAUUCAAUUCAUUUGGGCAUGUGCUGCUUGUGACUGCUCAGUUGGAAGUAUUAGCAGCUGCCAUGUUAAGUGCAGCUGAAUUGAGUGCAGAUUUACUUUGAGGUUUCAGAUAAAAUUCACCUCUACAGUGAAAACCACAGCAUUGUAAAAACAAGCCAACUAUGCUACUACAUCGUAAAUUGAGCGAUUAAAUAGUUCUCUGAUUUCUGCAUGGUUGUCAGAUAUUUCUGCCAUUAAACAGUACAAGAUUUAGUUUUUAGUUAUAUUGCUUUAUGGAAAGAAAUAAUUAUGAUUCACAUGAAAUAUUCUCCCAGUGUUUGUCAAAUUACUGUUGUGGCAUUUUGGAAAUUGUCUCAGAAUAUAGAAAUAAGAACAGAUUUUGAAUCAAAAUAUCAAAUGUGUUUUUCAAUUGAAAAACAAUGUGCUGAAUACUUUCUCUUAUUUUAAGCUCAUAUCUAAACUUAUGGAGUUGCCCAUUUCAUCAGUUUACAAAAGUGAAGAGAUUAUUCUUGUGUUCAGUCUCAUACAAUUGUAGCCAUAGUCUCAUUUCCUUAUCCUGAUUUUGUACUAAAUGCCUUGGUAUUCACCAAAUUCAGUUAGUUUCCAAACUGAGAUGUGUUCGCUGCCAACAUAAGUGUCUUAUUUUUGCUGACUUUCUGUAUUUUUGUUUAGAAACCUAUUACCGGGUUGUGUUUACUCCAUACAGAUACACAUGAUAAAAUGUGAGAGUCUACACCUACUAGGUAACACAUUGCAGCACAAAUCUGGUCCAAACAUUCCAUGUUCAGUUUUAUCCUCCACAUGAGCUGUUAUGCUAAUUAGAGUUGCAAUUCUUCUGCAUGCACUCAUUAUUUCCUCUACAUACAUAACAAUUUUAAGUGUCCAUGGCCUCUAUUUCAAUCACUAAUUAUGAAAUGCAUCCCUUAACAUUCUCUAUAAAACAAAUUUCCAGCUGCUCAGUCCACCCUUUCAUCGUUUUAAGCAGGUCUAUAAAAUCUUUAUCCAAUGAAAACAAAUUUAAACUCAUUACUCCCUCAUUACUUCAAUGAUAUAAAAUCUAGAAUCCCCUACGUUCUUCUCCAACUCCUACCCAUCAUUUUCCAUAGCAAUAUUUUUAGUUCCGUGAAUCCAUUUACAAGCGUAUUUUAAUUACAUAUGCACUGCUGUCCAAAGCUUUUGCUGACCAUCAACUAUUCCUGCCAGAUUUUUCAUCACCUUUAGUACCUCCUAUGGCAGCAGCACGUUGUCAUCAUAUUUCCUAGUCUAAACCAAAUGUUCGGCUAUUGUGCAAGCAUAUUAGAUGCCGAAGCAUUGUUGCAUCCUAUUUACCAAGAAAAUACAAAAAGCCCGGAAAUAAAUCUUAAAGUAGCCAGUGACAAUCAUUGUAUUUCUCUUGUCUUUCUUUCCUUCCUUACCUUUUUACCUGAUUGCCACAUGUGGAUUUUGAAAGAUAAAAUAACAUUGGACCUGACUGGUAAUCCAUAUGCUCACAAAUGUAAUUUUAUAUUUGCUGUUCUGUUCCAAUGCAAGUUUAAUUCACUGCUAAAUUUUGCACAUUAGUGAAAUGCAAAUGCACUAAAAAAGGAAAACAAAGAAAUGUUUUCAUUUAUACACUCCCUCUCAUAUUCCUUUCAAGACAUCCUAAAGCACUUUAAAGCCAGUGAAGCAUUUUAAGUGUAGCUUCUGAUGUAAUGGAGGAAAUCCAAUUUGCACAAAACAAACUCCCACAAACAGCAGCGUGAUAAUAACAAACUCCCACAAACAGCACCAGAAGAUUUGAUUUAGUAAUGUUGAGUGACUACAACUAUUGGCUUAGAUACUGGGAAUGACUUCUCUACUUUCCUUUGAGAAGGCAUCAUGUGAUCUUUAAAUCCACUGGACAGACCAUGUGAUAGGCUUGGUUUAAUCUGUCAUCCAAAAGACAGCAUCUUUUCUUCAGUACUACAUGUCCUAGUACUAAGUAUGAUUCUUAAAACAGUUGUUGAUGAGUCAGGUCAUAAGGAAGACAAAGGGAAGAAUCAACAACCCUUGCACCAGCUAUCUGCUGGAGGAAUUCAUCAGGUUGAGCAGCAUCUGUGGGGAGAAAGGAAUGGUCGACAUGUUGUGUCUUGAUGCAGGGU